UCCCCCGACCAAUAUAACGCGCGCCACGACGGCUGUGGACUCCAGUUCCACCGCGCCUACAAUCAAGCAGUCUCGGCUCGUCGCCUCUUUUGUCUCCACCCUCCCCUCUCUUCGCUACCAUCAGCACGACACAGGUUCCGCAGCUACCGGAUUACUGCGCGCCGGAGGCUAGACGAGAAUCGCUGUGCCCGUGUGUCUCGGCGGCGGAGUAAGCAAAGAGGGCAGGGUAUCCGGGCUCCGGGGAGACGCCGGCGGUGCGAGGCUUGCCACCCCCUUCCCCCUCCGAUUUGCCUGGCUUCUUCUUGCGAGCAGGAAUUCCGUGCGUGUGAUUUUCGAGGAUCCACAGCUUGGGAGUUUUUUCGUUUGGGGAUGUGAGAAAUUCCUGCUGAUUAUUCCCUGAGAAACAUGGCCAGUUAUGGAGGUGACCUCUGUGUUGUGGUUAUCCUGGUCGCCUUGCUUCCCUGCUUGGACGUUGCACUGGGGCAGAGUACUGACCCUUCAGAAGUCGAUGCACUCAGGGCUAUCAAGGGAAGCUUACUUGAUCCUAUGAAUAACCUUGACAACUGGAACAGGGGAGACCCAUGCACAUCAAACUGGACAGGAGUUUUCUGCCACAAAACCAAUGAUGCACAUCUUCAUGUAACAGAAUUACAGCUGUUUAAGAGGAACCUGUCUGGAACUUUGGCACCAGAGGUCAGUCUUCUAUCUCAGCUGAAAACACUGGACUUCAUGUGGAACAAUUUAACAGGUAGCAUCCCAAAAGAGAUAGGCAACAUCACUACACUCAAACUAAUACUACUGAAUGGCAAUCAGCUCUCUGGUUCCUUACCAGAUGAGAUUGGCAACCUUCAAAACUUAAACAGGUUACAAGUUGACCAAAACCAAAUAGUAGGCCCGAUUCCGAAGUCAUUUGCCAACCUAAGAAGUGUGAAACAUAUUCACAUGAACAACAAUUCAUUAAGUGGACAAAUCCCAUCUGAAUUGUCAAGACUGCCAGUGCUUCUUCACCUCCUUGUUGAUAAUAACAAUCUGUCUGGAUCUCUUCCUCCCGAAUUUGCGGGGGCACCUGCUUUGAAAAUACUUCAGGUUGACAACAAUAACUUCAGCGGAAGUUCCAUCCCUAAUACAUACAACAACAUAUCAACAUUACUGAAGCUGAGUCUAAGGAACUGCAGCUUGCAGGGCACCAUUCCUGAUAUGAGUGGCAUUUCUCAACUUGUCUAUCUGGAUCUUAGCUGGAACAAGCUGACAGGAUCUAUACCGACUAAUAAGCUUGCUUCAAACAUCACUACAAUUGAUUUGUCACAGAACAUGCUUAAUGGAACGGUCCCAUUUAACUUCUCAGGACUUCCUAAUCUUCAGAUUUUGUCUGUUGAAAACAAUCAUCUAGAUGGUGCUGUUCCCUCGACAAUCUGGAAUGACGUCAUUCUUACUGGAAAUCGCAGCCUUAUCCUGGACUUCCAAAAUAAUUCUCUGAAGACAAUUCCAGCUGCAUUUAAUCCUCCUCAAAAUGUUACUGUAAUGUUGAGUGGAAACCCUGUAUGUGGGAAUUCUACUGGAACUCCAAUAGACAACCUUUGUCAACCCCGGUCAGCAAACCAGCAAACUUCUAAACAGAUACAGGGCACUAGCUUAAAUUGUUCGCCUUGCCCAACGGAUAAAAAUUAUGAGUACAACCCGUCAUCUCCUAUACCUUGUUUUUGUGCCGUGCCACUUGGAGUUGGACUUCGACUGAAGAGUCCGGGAAUCACAGACUUCUAUCCAUAUGAAGGUGCCUUUGGGGUCGACGUAACAUCUUUAUUGGAACUGUUUGUUUACCAGCUGCAUAUUGAGCACUACAUAUGGGAGGUGGGCCCAAGGCUCAACAUGCACCUGAAAUUAUUUCCAAGCAAUACAAGUUUGUUCAAUAUGUCUGAGGUUGUGCGACUCAGACAUGUACUUGCCGGAUGGGAAAUUACUCUUCUAGAUCUGUUUGGUCCAUAUGAGCUUCUCAACUUCACACUUGGUUCCUAUGCAGAUGAGUACCCAAAUGCAGCUUCAUCAGGUCUAAGCAAGGCUGCGAUGGGUGGUAUCCUGGCAAGCACAAUAGCUGCCGCGUUUGCACUUUCUACAGUAGCUACUAUUCUUAUAAUGAGAAGGCGUUCAAGACAUAGAAGUAGAACAGUUUCAAGACGAUCAUUGUCAAGAUUUUCUGUCAAAAUUGACGGUGUGAGGUGCUUCAAAUUUGAAGAAAUGGCUAGGGCCACCAAUAACUUUGAUAUACUAGCUCAAGUUGGUCAAGGAGGUUAUGGAAAGGUCUAUAGAGGAGCUCUAGAUGAUGGAGAAACUGUAGCAAUCAAACGGGCACAUGAGGAUUCGCUGCAAGGUUCAAAGGAGUUCUGCACAGAAAUAGAGCUGUUAUCCAGAUUGCAUCAUCGGAAUCUGGUUUCAUUAGUUGGUUAUUGUGAUGAAGAAGAUGAACAGAUGCUAGUUUAUGAGUUCAUGCCAAACGGCACUUUACGCGAUCAUCUUUCUUCCAAGUCCAAACGAUCUCCUGGCUUUGGUUUGAGGUUGCACAUUGCAUUGGGUGCUUCCAAGGGAAUUCUGUAUCUACACACUGAUGCAAACCCUCCUAUAUUUCACCGUGAUGUGAAGGCCAGUAACAUUCUGUUGGACUCAAAAUUUGUUGCAAAGGUGGCUGACUUUGGUCUUUCGAGGCUUGCUCCGGUGCCAGAUAUUGAAGGGGCAUUAGCAGGUCACGUUUCCACUGUUGUCAAAGGCACACCGGGGUAUCUUGAUCCAGAAUACUUCCUGACUCAUAAAUUGACGGACAAGAGUGACGUGUAUAGCCUUGGCGUUGUGUUUCUUGAACUGCUGACUGGAAUGAAGCCAAUUGAGCAUGGUAAAAACAUAGUGAGAGAGGUAAACAAAGCGUACCAAUCAGGCGAUAUUUCUGAAAUCGUUGACAGCCGGAUGGGCCUGUGUCCUCCAGACUGCAUCAGCAGGUUCCUCUUGCUAGCAACCAAGUGCUGUCAGGACGAGACUGAUGACAGACCUUCCAUGUCAGAGAUCGUCCGAGAACUCGAGGCCAUCAUGAGGAUGAUGCCCGAGGUGGAUUUUGUUUUGUUGGAGACCACAGACACAGACUCGGCUGAUAUGACCAAAUCCUUGUCAACUGCGUCAGCAACUGGAACUUCCUUUGUCUCACAGACUUCUGGCAGUGUCAAUGCCAACAGUGGCGUGCUCUCUGGGGUGCUGACUCCUCGAUGAUGUUGGUGUUUUCAUGGUGUUGUCACAUGUAAAUGAAACGAUGUUUUGUGGCAUUGACUUGUUACACUAGGAUCCUUUGUGUUGUAGUACUAAUUAAUUAGUUAGCUUUGAUGUAAAAUAUAUAAUGUGAAUGAACAACUGAGGAAUAGUGACAUGAGCUAUGAAUCUA